GCCACCACGGCCGACCAUCGCCUCCCCCGUCCUCUCUUUUUAUCUUUCACCGAUUCGAAUUCGAAAGGGAUCGAAGCGACGAAGAAAAGAGAGAAAGGAAACGGGUCGAUACCUUGUUUUAAUUUCGUCGUGCGUACCUCGGAAAUGGUGGAUAUCUGUUGUGGCGUGGUGAACUGCGGCGCCGAGGCGGCGGCGAUGAGGUCCGCCGAGCCGGGAUCGCGAGGGGCCAGGCGGCGCCGGAUGGAGAUCCGGCGGCUCAGGUUCGACGCGGAGUCGGAGGCACCAGCGGUGGAGGACGAACCAAGUGGAAAGCGGCAGAGGAUGGACGGCGGCGCCGUUGCCGGGAGCGCGGAGAAAUCCGGGUCGACGUCGGGUGGGGGCUCCAGUCCCCAGCAUACUGUGGCCGUGCCGGAGGAAUUGGAUCUGUCCGAUCGUUUCCCGAGGUUCGGGAUGGCGGCGGUAUGCGGGCGGAGGAGGGACAUGGAGGACGCCGUUUCCAUUCGUCCCGAUUUCGUUGGGGGAGACCAUCGAAUACCGGCGAGGCACCAUUUCUUUGGCGUCUUUGAUGGCCAUGGCUGCUCCCAUGUGGCCUCGCUUUGUAAGGAUCGGAUGCACGAGGUGGUGGCGGAGGAGGUGGAGACGCUGGCGCCGGGUGCCGGCACGCCGUCGCAAGCAUGGAGGGUGGCGAUGGAGAGGAGCUUCGCCCGGAUGGACUCGGAGGCUGUGGACGGUGGCGGCGGCGGCGGCGGCGGGCGACCGAGCCCGGACUGCCGGUGCGAGCUCCAGCCGCCGAGGUGCGAGCACGUGGGGUCCACCGCCGUAGUCGCCGUCAUCGGCCCUACCCGGAUCGUCGUCGCCAACUGCGGCGACUCCCGCGCCGUCCUCUGCCGCAACGGCGCGCCCAUCCCCAUCUCCUCCGAUCACAAGCCGGACCGGGAGGACGAGCUGCAGCGAAUCGAAGCCAUGGGGGGCCGGGUGAUCUAUUGGGACGGGGCGAGGGUUCUCGGAGUUCUCGCCAUGUCUCGAGCCAUAGGAGACAGCUAUUUGAAGCCGUACGUGGUAUCGGAGCCGGAGGUGACGGUGACGGAGAGGGAGGAGGGCGACGAGUGCCUGAUCCUGGCGAGCGACGGGCUGUGGGACGUGGUGAGCAAUGAGACUGCCUGUGGCAUCGCAAGGAUGUGCCUGCGGGGGGGCGGCGACGACGAAGAGGAGGAAGGAGGCGGCGGUGGUGAUGCGUUGUGCUCGGACGCCGCUAUAUUGCUGACUAAGCUGGCCUUGGCGAGGCAGAGCGCGGAUAACAUCAGCGUGGUGGUCAUCGACCUGCGAAGCAAGCCAAAGCCGAGGAGGACGGCGACGGCGACGGCGACGGCGACGACGACUUGGUGACACCCCCAAGCCGUCGGUUUUCUUUAUCUUCUAUUAUUAUUAUAAUCCUGAGUUACGAUUACGAUCAAGAAUUAGGUUGCCUUGCAACUUCGAUGCCAUGAUCGGUUGGUGGUGGAGAAAGACGAAAGAGUGAGGACGAGGCACACUAGUGAGUUGGUCAGAAUGCACUUUUUUGUUGUUCUAUUUGUCGAUAUAUUUUAUUUAGAUGAUGGGUAGUAUUUGUUGUUGCUAUCAGCAUAA